UGGGUUUGAACUUGCAGCCGAGGGUGAGUGGAGGAUAGUUCUCACUGAUUCUGUUUCGGACCAGCCUGAGGUUUGCGGAGAGAUCUACUCGGCACAAACAUCUCUCUGGAACUUACAGUUGGAGCUCUAGACUUCACGUCAGAUAUUGGAUUCCACAACUUCAGAGUCACUGCAGAGAUGUCACUACGAAUCAGACACCUGCUGUGGCUGGUGUGUUUGUGCUCGAGCUUCGCUGAGCACGACCAAGCAUGGAAGAUGACAAUGGAAAAGAGCUCACCGGCUAGCGGCUCUCUGGCCGGCAAGGUGGCGCUGCCAUGCCACUUCUCAAUCACGCAAACCACCUCCGACAGCCCCACGCACACCCUUCACCCCCGCCCCCGCAGCUCUCCCACGCAGAGCCCCGAGGACCAGCUGAGGAUCAAGUGGAUACGGCUGGAGGGGGAGGUGGAGAGGGUGGUGCUGGUAGCCCAGGGAGGAGUGGUCAAGGUGGGCCAGGAGUAUCAAGGCAGGGUGUCUGUCGCCAGCCACCCCCGGCCAGUGGGGGAAGCCUCGCUGACCAUCGUCCGCCUGAGGGCUAGCGAUGCCGGCCUCUACCGCUGUGAAGUCAUGCACGGGAUGGAAGACACCCAGGCUUCAGUCAGUCUCAACGUCAGCGGCGUGGUGUUCCACUACCGGGCCAGUACCAGCCGCUACACUCUGGACUUCCAAGGCGCUACGGACGCUUGUCAGUCAGCUGGGGCCACCAUCGCUACAGCAGAGCAGCUGCAUGCCGCCUUCGAGGACGGACUCGACCAGUGCGACGCAGGCUGGCUCGCUGACCAGACCGUCAGAUACCCAAUCACAAAGCCCCGUCCUGGUUGCUCAGGCGAUAUGAAGAGCAGACCUGGUGUUAGGACGUAUGGGCUCCGGGACCCGAAAGAGACGUACGAUGUUUACUGCUAUGUGGACAAACUGCAUGGAGAGGUAUUUUACCCUGCCAUCCGCUACAAACUGACCUUUCGCCAGGCCAACCGUAUGUGUGUGAGUAAAGGGGCAGUGCUCGCCUCGCCCGGCCAGCUGUUCGCAGCCUGGAGGGGGGGUCUGGAUCGCUGUGACUACGGCUGGCUGUCGGACGGCAGCGCCCGCUACCCCGUCUCGGUCCCCAGGCCCCAGUGCGGAGGGGGUCUCCUGGGGGUCCGCACCCUCUAUAAACACGCCGACCAGACUGGCUUCCCCAAGCCCACUGACCUGCACGGGGCUUUCUGCUUCAAGGCUAAGGAACCAGAAAUCACUACUCCCGGACCAAUCACAACUCCGGAGGCUCUCAGGCCACACACAGCACACAGAGCUCACCUCGCCGUUACCGUCAGGCCUCAACACCAACCCCACAUGACCACUGUCGGGUCCCGCUUCCAGCCCACAGACUCCCCCUACCCCAUGGUCUGGGUGAGCACCCCCUUCGCCGAUUUCGACGCGGACGACUUCGAUCAGAAGGACCCCAGCCUGGUAGAGUCCCUGCCCCUAGGGGACAUCAUCUCCUUGCAGCUGCCCCCCCUGCCCACCACCGUCUCCCAGCCCUCGCAGCUGGACAUCGCCCAGGGGGGGGAGCCCUCCGACGGGGAGCAGGGGGGCUCCGGCCGGGGGGGGGAGAGCAGCGGGAGCGGGGAUGGCAGCGGGAGCGGGGAGGGAUCCGGCGAGGGGGAGGAGGGGGAUGGGGUGACUCCCCAAGCCGGGGUCAGGAAGUUCACCCCUGAGCCGGGCCUGCCUGACAGGACCAGCCAGCCAGGCCAGCGGCCUGCUGUGGUCUACAAGGAGGAGGGGCCAGAUUCGGGGGACUUGCCAAGAGUUCCGCCCGGCACCACCCAGCCAAGCGCUGUGGACCAAUCGGUGGCCACCUCUGGAGUGGACCAAUCGGUGGCCACCUCUGGAGCAGCCUCGCCCACCAAGCCACCGUACCAGCUGAUCAUCGUCAACGUGCACGACAAGAACCACUCAGUGGACCACAUAUUGGAUAUCCUAGGCCGGCCUCUAGGGGGCGACUCCCAGUCUCCGUUGAUCCCAGUGUUUCCUGGGUUCCAAGUGGUGCCCAGCGAGGCCAUCCAGGGCAGCGGGGAGGCUGACGGCGUCCUGGCAGCGCCCAUCACCUUGCCACCCGCACUCAGCUUCAUCAAUGGCAAACACCAGGUGACCCUGGAGCCGGUGGGCCCAGUCGAGGAGCAGGAGGCGAGGGGAGACCAGUUUGAGACGGCCACCCCAGUGGAGGCAUCGCUGGGGGGAGUGGGUGAGGAGGCGGAGGAGCGGAGCCCCACUCCGUUUGACUAUGGAGCCAUAGAGCUCCACCCGGACGAGUCGAUCUCCUCUGCUGCAGACAGGGACCCAGCAAACACCACCCCGGCCCACCGCUCACCCCCAGUCCCUGUAUCUCCCCCUGGGCCCCAGCACACGGGCUCCCCCCACCCCUCGUCUCAUGGCGCGUCCCCUUUUGAUGAUACGGAAGGGUCGGCGGGCCGAACCACCGACGACGAAGGGGGUGUGACCCAGGAGGGAUCGGCGGACGAAGCCACGCCCACCCCAGCCUCGGACGGCCAAUCGGAAGUGGUGACGGACGAGACCGAGAUCGGCGGGUCGGAUCUCACCACACGCACCCCGUCACACACGGGAUCCCCGGUUCACACGGACGACACGCUCGGCGUGGACGCACGCACGCACGCCCGGACGGAGGGGGGAGACCUUGAGGGGUCUUCCUCUGCGGAGGAGGAGGGUUCGGCGCAGGAGGCGUACCCUCCGGAGGCACCCAGGCUCACCAGCCCUCGGACCCCCUCUCACGCCACCCGCCACCCCCAGCAACCUCACCUCCUCGAGGGCUCUGGCUCCACCGAGACUCCCCUGGUGGGUCCUGCUGUGGAGGUGGGGUCGGAGGCCGGUUCGAGGGUCACUCCAGGCGACCAGACCCCUGCGAGGAAGGACGCCGUCACCAGCGACGCCGGCCGCCGCGUCCGUCGGAGGUCACACCGAACGCCACAAAGAUCCCACACACCCCCUCGAGGUCACCACACCCACCCCAGACACCCCACCACCCAGGGCAAGCCCCACCCUCCCCCCCAGGCCACGCACUCAACCACACCCCCAGCUUAUCAUUCAGGCGACGCGACACACGCCUCCCCAUCUACCGCUAGCCGCCCCGACCGGACCACGUCCAGUCAGCUGCAACACACACGUCCCGUUCCCCAGUGGGCCUUGACCCCUGACCCCUCGGCCACGCCCCUGUCCGAGGAGCCCUUUGUGGAUUACGACCGGGUCAUGGGACCCCUGCUUCCCGAGGCGGCCCCCCCCGCUGGCCCCCAGUCCACGGCGGAAUGGCCUCAGUUACGCUGCACCAAGCUCAAGCUGCUGAUUGGAGCUGUGAGCGUCAGCCAAUCAGCCGAGCCAGUGUAA